UCGAGUCUUUCUAAGCGUAUUUUAUGAUGCUCAUGUUUAUAUUGUUAAUGUAUAUUCCUCUCUUGUGGGAAAUGUAAAGAGUACAUAACGAAUAAUGAUUGAUAUUUGAUAGUGAAUAGUGAUCGUAUUUUAGUCGUGACUCGCAAGUGAUCAAAGUUUUUGAUUUCAGCUAUUAAAUAAGCUAAUAACGAGUGAUAUUAUUUUUGUUUUUAUUUAACAUCUUUAUGUUUAAUCUUUCUGUGAUCUCAAUCGUCGAAAUGUUAAAAUGAUCUGCGUACCGAACGUAAUUCACGCACUUUUGGCUACACUUUGAUUGUAUUAUUUCUCAACAGCCCGCAAUUACGUUGUACAACUAAACAUCACACUAGUUAUUUAAUGUUUAUUUGGCAUAUCUAAAUACGUUUCUAAGCAGAUUUUAGCGAUAUACAACAAACGAAAAUGCAUUAGGCACACAUAAUUUAUUUAUUAUAUACAGAUUAUAUUUGGGAAUAUCCAUUAAUUUUACUAUGAAUUGAAAUUCAUAAUUCAACAUGUCACUACUCUUAAAAUCUGAACUUGACGUUGUGGAGUUAUCAUCAGAUGAUGAAUCGAUAGCAGUGUUAAGGAAUGGACCUCCUGUUCCUCUUAAUACUGGGCGCCCUUCAACACCAGAUACUCAAUGUUCAAUUUGUCUAGAUGAUUUAACCAAUAAAUGUUAUUCAAAUUCAUGUUGGCAUUUAUUCUGUUUUGAAUGUUUAAAACGAUGGUCAAAUUCUGAACCAACUUGUCCAUUAUGUAAGAAAUCAUUCAGUUUUAUUCAUCAUUCAUUUGAUGAUCUGGGUGACCAUGAAACAUAUCAUGUUCCUUCGCUGCCCAGAGCACCGUCACCAAGACUAUUUAUGCGGCCAUACAAUGAAAUGUCAAACGAUAUAAACAGAAUGUUCAGAAUGAAUUUGUUUAUGGAUAUUGUCCGUAGAAAUGAGAGAGCGAUAAAUAACGUUAAUCAUUUAUUUGACUAUAAUCAUAAUGAUCAAGUUUAUGAUCAAAAUCAAGAUUUUUCACGUCCAAUUUUACAAAGACCAAUCAUGGGUCAAGCAACGAGAAUACGAGUAUACGUUGAAAAUGCAUGGGCUGAACCUUUACCUGAUUUAAGUGGUCGUUUUAGAGAUUGCAGCUCAGCUUUCUAUCGAAAUAAUCCAGCUCAAACAUAUAGAUUACAUGCAUUUAUCCUUAGAGAUCUUGUUGCUAUAAGGGAAACUGCAAGAAUAGAAGGUGAGCCUGUUCCUAUCCUGGAGAGUGCUGAUGUUUCUGUGACAAAUUUGAUAAUGCGAUCACUUGCAGCUUAUGAAAUAAGAGAGUUGUACAUGAUUAACAUCUUAACGCCUUUUCUGGAUCGGCGUGCAUCACAUUUUUGCCAUGAACUAUAUAAUUUUGCUAAUAGUCCAUACGACAUAGUUGGCUAUGAUCGUCAUGUUCAAUAUACCUUUCGAUCUAGCUAUUCAUCAUCAGAUUUACCAAAUCCACCACUUCCAGCCAGAAUAACUGCAUCAAGUAUACUAGCAGCAUUAGAAUCACCACCACUUGCAUUACCAAUUCCAAUGAUAGAUUCUUCUCGACGAGUUAUCGGUGAAACAAUUGUAUUGGAUUCAGAUAAUGAAGAAGCUCAAUUGCCAAUAUUGGAAGUUAUCGUUGUUAGUUCUAGCGGUGAUGACUCUGAUGUUGAAAUUUUAAGUCACUCCUUUCGUUCUAUUGAACCACGUAAUUCUGCUUCAAUAGACCAACCAUCUACAUCUACUGGAAUUCGACAUUCAUUAGAUCGACCAAGUAAUAGGUAUAAUUUAAGGAGACGGAGAUUAUACUCACCAACUUUAAAUGAUUCAAAUUUUCCUAUACAAUCUGUUCAUGGUAUAUCUCGAAUGUCUUAUCCAUCUCUUGCAAGAAGAAGGAGGCCCUAUGUAGAUUCUUCAUCAGAUGAUGAAGAUUUUACUCCUGCUCGAAGUUAUCAAACUGCUCGCAUAAAAUCUCGUGAUGUUAACAACAAAAAGAAAAGAAAAUCAAAAAAAAAUAAACAUAAAAAGAGAAAAUUAAACAACAAUGAUUCAAGGUCUGAAAUUCGUAGAGCCAACAGAAGUCGUUCAUAUUCAGAAUCCUCCUCAUCUUCGGGUGAUACAGAUUUAAGACCGAAUAACAGUUUAAUUCAUACUGAUGUAGUUAUAACCUAAUGUUAAUUUAUUAAAAAGAAGAAUUUUUAUAUUUUUCUGACCCUGGACCUUAAAAAGAUCAAUACUAUGAAGCUUUUUUUAUAGUCACUUACCAUAAAAAUCAGCUACUAGUUUAGUUAAAUAAAAUUGUAAUACUAAAGUUUAAUGAGCAAAAAGUGAUAAAUUAAUUAUUAUUUA